AUGCUGCAUCAGCGAGCCCACGCGGGUGAGAAACACUACAAGUGCAGUGAGUGCGGCAAGGGCUUUGCCCAGAGCUCUGAUCUCAUCUGCCAUCAGUGCACACACACCAGCAACUGCCCAUACCAAUGUUCCCAGUGUGGCAAGACCUUCAGCCUCAGCUCCAAUCUGCUGCAGCACCAGUGGACACAUGCCAGUGAGCAGCAGUUCACCUGUGCCCAGCGCAGGAAACACUUCACCAGAGGCUCCAACCUGCUGCAGCACCAGCACACCCACACCGGCGAGCGGCCCUACCAGUGCUCCCAGUGCGGCUGUCAUUUCAGCCUCAGCUCCAACCUGCUGCAGUACCAGUGGAUGCAUUUGAGUGAGCACCCCUAUGCCUGCGCUCAAUGCGGCAAGACCUUCGGCCUCAGCUCCAACCCGCUGCAGCAUCAGUGGACGCACACUGGCGAGUGGCCCUAUGCCUGUGUCCAGUGUGGGAAGCACUUCAGGGACAGCGCGACCUUCUGUAAGCACUGGCACACACCCAUGCGGGGCCGUACACCUGCUCGCAGUGUGGCCCUGUGGGCUGCCCCAAGCUUCUGCAGCGCCAACACCCUUGCGCUCAGGAUGGGCAGCUAAUCUGGUCCCCAUGUAUGCACUGCACCGGGACCCCAUGCCCCUGACAUCAGGGCUCUUUUCCAUGGCUCUGCCGCCCUUUCUCCGCGCUGCAGCACGAUGGGAUGAGGAGAGGCACAUGCUGGCCAAACUGUUUCUUCUGGGCUGCAGGAUGCCACAGUCCUGCAGGAAGGCGCCUCCAGCUCCACUCUGCAGGCUCCAGGCAUGGGUCAGGGGGCAUCGAUGGGGUGCAGACCUGCUCUGCAUGUCUUUACUCCGGCUCUGGAGAAAUGGGGCACUUUGGAAAUGUGGACUUGUGCAAAUGGUGCUGGGAAGAGGGAGACCUACAAGAGAUGGAGAUGGGAGGCGAAAAACUGCUGUGCAGUGGAAAAGGAGCUGGCAGCUGGUGUGAACUGGAGAGGGAAAUACAGGCCACGCAGCAAACAAGCUAGUUUGCCAAGGGGAGUGAGGUUGCCUCGUGUAAAGCUGGGUUAGGUACAGACCCUUUUCCUUGCUGGGAAAAUCCAUGUCUACAAGCAGCAGAGCCGUCAGAGUGAGGUGUGGUGGGUUGGCAUGAUGGGAGUAUGAAAGCACUGCACGCGUGCUGUGGCAGGAGCCAGGAGGGAUGCUGUCCGGCACAUGUGCAGCACGGGCACAUGGUACCCGGAGUAUGAGAGGGCUCGCUGGUAGCAGCAGCUCUUCCUUUGCUCCCCUCUCAGCUCCCUCGGUGCAGAGCAUGUGGUUUCUGUGCACAAUGUUUCUGCGAGCUCUGAUGGAGAGUUGUCGCAACAUGCAACCAGUAGACACACCUGAUGAGGUUAAAAUGGCAGAACUGGUUAUCCCAUCUUUUCUUUCUGUGCCCUGGGAUAGUGUUUCUGUCCUGUCCCUCGCUAACUGCAGAGUAUCUCCUGCAUCUUUUGGCCUUGAUCUGCACAGAUCUCUGUCCCUGGAUGCUGGUGGUUGUCUCUUUGUCCCCCAGGACAGAUGACAUGGCCAUCCACAGGCGUUUAGGAGGGAGCUUUAGAGCAGCCAGUGCUCCCCAGCAGAAAAGGCAGGCAGAAAAGGCAGCUCAGAGCUCCCCUCUCCUGGCUGGUGGCUGAGGAUAGGCAGCAAGCAGUAUCUGCAGGAAGGCGCCCAGCCCACGUCCCUGAAAGGCCUCCAGUAAGCCCCUUGGAUGGAAGUAAACAGGUCCUUCAAAUGCAGAGCUGUUCCCCAGGAGGGAGGUUCUGGGGUGAAAGCCUUAAUCUGCCCUCUUAGGCAUUCAAAUGCCACUAUGAAGGCAUCGUUCCCUUCUCCGUCUCUGGGAAGCAGAAAUCGACCCAUGCCACGAGAAACAUGAAAGGAAGCGUAGUCACAAGAGAAUUAUUUGGUGUACCUACCUCAAAUACUAGAAGCUGCAAUACAGAUGAUUAGGUAGAUCUGCGGCAUAGCAGACCCAGCCCUAAUAUGGCCAAGGUGAGUUACUAACAGUCUGUAAAUAGUAACCGGUAAUCUUAAAGUCACAUAUUGAAGUACAAACAUUUAAUUUGUUGGCAAGAUAUGACUCCAAACUGAACUAUGAAAGCCAUAUCUGGCAGUCUUGUGCAGCUCCUUAGAGGUUUUACAAGUGGUAGAUAAUCCUCAGAUAGAAAGGCUGUGGUGCCCAAGACAAAGUUGCUAUUUUGGACUUGUCACGUAUAAAGGGAAGGACUCACUGAGCUGGAAGCUGGUGGUUGCCUAGGAACUGUGCAUUCAUUAUGAGUAAACGGACGACCUAAACUGAUGCGUAUAUAUUUGUCGCUUCAAAAGAGCCUAAUUUCCUGCAAUUGUUUUGAAGAAAAAUUUCAACAGAAAAACGCUAAUGAAAACUAGGUGCUCGCUUGAGCGAAGUCCUACUCUUAGGAAGGAGAAUAGAGAGCAAGGUCCUCAUAAGAAGUAAUGGCCACACUUAAAAAGAAAUAUUUUCUGACUUUC